AUGCGAUCAGCUAUUGUUUCUCGGGGUAGAACCCCCAGCUCCCUCUGUGGGGCUCAUCUUCGUUAUUCGGCUCUCCCGAGGCUGCCCGCUUCAGUUCGUUGUUUCGCAAUCGAUUCUCGCUCGACUCUAGACUCUCCUUUGAUCCGAUCUGCGAAUGUCAGUCCUUCCAAAUCAUCAUUAUUAUACAAUGUGCCCUCUCAACUAUCCUCUGCCUCGUUCUCCACCUCACCCUCAUUGUCCGACACGGAUUGGGACCAUAACCCGAAUCUUCAAAUCUCCAACUUCUCCGAGCUUCCGUCCAAGGACUUCGGGGUCAAUCAGCACAUGAUCAUCAACCAGGAAUUCAAGGAAGCAUUGCGACAAAUUCUGUGGCAAUUCCGGGCACCUAUCCGGUAUGCAUUCGCCUACGGAUCGGGAGUCUUUGCACAGAAUGGCAGUGCAACUGCCUCCACCCCAACCCAUCCAUCGGCGCCGGCCGCCAUCAAAAAUAUGCAACAGGGGCCCGGGAAGAUGAUUGAUUUCAUUUUUGGAGUGUCAUAUUCCCAACACUGGCAUGCAUUAAACUUGAGUCAACAUCGCGAUCAUUACUCCGGGCUGGGCUCCCUUGGUUCAUAUGCGGUUUCCCAGGUUCAGGACCGAUUUGGAGCCGGUGUAUACUUCAACACCCACAUUACAGUAAGCGGAACGCUGAUCAAAUAUGGCGUUGUGAAUUUGGACACGUUGUGUAACGAUCUUACCCGAUGGGAUACCUUAUACCUUGCCGGGCGCUUGCAAAAGCCCGUUAAGAUCCUCCGUGAUCACCCCAAGGUCCGAUUGGCCAAUCAGAUGAAUCUUUUGUCCGCUCUGCGGGUGGCUUUGCUACUACUCCCGGAGCGAUUUAGCGAGUUUGAACUCUACAGCACCAUCGCUGGCAUCAGUUACAUGGGCGACCUGCGUAUGGUGUUACCGGCAGAGGACCCUGGCAAAGUACGCAAUAUUGUUUCCGGGCAGAUGGCGCACUUCCGACGUCUAUAUGCCCCUCUCAUCAAUAAUCUACCCAAUGUAUCUUUCCAAGAUCCGCGCUGUAGCCAAAAUGACUGGAUCGAUGACCCAGAUGUUAUCCUGGGGAUGGUGCAAGAUAUGGACCCGGUCCGCCGCGGAAACAUGGUCCGCCGUCUUCCUGACUCGUUCCGGGAGAAGCUCUACUUUCAAUAUCAAAGCCGCUAUGCAAUCCCCCGGGCCGAGUUCGACAAGAUGAUGGCGGAAAACAACAACACACAAGAUAUCGUUCGCCGGCCCCAGGGAGGUCCCUUUGAGCGCCGUAUUGCCAGUGAUGAGAAGCUGCAAGAGGAGGUGUCCGCGUCGAUCAUGAAGACGAUCCGAUGGCCUAGCACAAUCCAGACUAUUAAGGGGCCCUUGACUGCGGGUCUUUGCAAAAGCUGGAACUAUAUCAAGGAGAAGCGGGAAAAGCACAGGAAGUCCCAGGCAGUUGCCAAGGCGGCGGCUACCAAUGCCGACACAAAGAAGGAGUAA